CAGGCCACAUCGUGCGCCGACGCCGCGCAACCCUCGUUCGCUGUCUGUGCACCCUCCUCGUGUGCUUCGCACACUGUACACAGUGGUAUUGCUAUAUUCAUCUAUCGCUGACCGUCAGCAGGGUACUUCGCUAAUUGUUAAUCUCUAUGCGGCUCUACGGAUUUUUCUUUUUUCAUACUGUAAGUUCGCGAGUGAUGGAAACUCUUAGCACGAAUUGGGAGCAGCCUUGAAAGGAAAAUCAACUGUUAAGGUUUACCUCGCGAGAGUGAUAGUUUUCUUUACACAAGUAACGCUAAGGGCAGUGAGUGUCUGAGUGCAAGUGCCUGUUAACAGUCGAGUGCGGCGCAUUGGCAAGAUAAGGAUCAUUGACGGACACGAAAGCGGCCGGCAAGCGAUUAAUCGAGCGUAAGCCGGUCGGGUCAUGCUCGCGUCAAUUCGAGCAUUCCUCAGAUGAGUUGCUACUAAAAUUCAACUGAUUGGGAAAGGAACGAACCAUUUCCAUACAUUAGGAUGCGUCGUCUCCUACUUCUGAUAUUCCUGACCGGGAUCGUUGCAGGUGAUAAUAGCACAUUUGAAAGUAGUUUAGAAGCUGUCCAAUCUGCCAGCAGUUAUGAAACUGAUACGGCCAAUCAGGGAAUCUCAUGGGGAGAAUGGACAGCUUGUUCGAGGAGCUGCGGGGGUGGUAUAUCCAAACAGCAGAAACGAUGCCGCAGGAAGCCAUGCAAAGGCAGACCUUGGAACAUCAAAUACAAAGUUUGCAAUGUGCAGCCAUGUGACAAACCGACUGAUUCCCGUGCAGAGCAAUGCUCGAGCUAUGACAGUGUACCACACAGCGAUCAGUUACUAAAAUGGUAUCCCUAUUACGAUCUGUCAAGGCCUUGUGCAUUAAUAUGUCGAGGUGAACCAACUAACAACAGUAAUUUGCUUCGGGCGUCGGCGAAGCAAUCUGCAGUUCUAAAAGCUCAAACGAUGAAAGAUAAACUAUCGAACGAUGACGACGAGUAUGAAUCGGAUGAUUCGAUCAUCGUUCAACUAGCUGAAAAAGUACAGGAUGGUACGAAAUGCUAUCUUGACACUCAAGAUAUAUGCAUCAACGGCGAAUGUAUGAGAGUUGGCUGCGAUAUGAGAGUCGGGAGCAGUAAAAACAGGGAUGUUUGUGGCGUUUGCGGAGGUGACGGCUCAACUUGCCACGCAAAAUACGCUUGGACGCUGGAAUCAACGUCUGCCUGUUCUGAGUCUUGCGGCGGUGGAUUCAAAAUUGCAACUCCGAUAUGCAAGACCACUGGAACUGUCGAGAAAAUUGUCGAGAGCACAAAUUGCGAUGCAGAUUUCAAACCAAACAAAGUUUUCCUACCGUGCAACACUCAUCCCUGCUCUACCAAGUGGCUGACCGGCGAUUGGAGUAAAUGCAGUGUUUCCUGCGGUGGUGGGUCGAGGAGUCGUGCGGUUUUCUGUACUUCGGAAAACGGCAAUACGACGAGCCAAUUAGCAGACUACAAAUGCAUUGCGGGUCACAAGCCCAAGUUCCAAGAAAUCUGCAAUGCUUUCUCGUGUCCCAUGUGGGAGGCUGGAGAAUGGAGCGAGUGUUCAGCAAGCUGUGGUACCGGUGUGAAAACGCGCAAUGUCGAGUGUCGGGAUGGCAAUGGCCAGUAUUCUAGUGACUGCGACCCAUCGCAGAGACCUCGAGACGAACAAGAUUGCAAACCGGCAUCCAACAUCGAUUGCCCCAGUUACGGAGAGAAGAUGACGCAUCCACUGAUGCAGUCGUACCCACCAGCACCAGUGCCAGAGAAGCUUAUAGACCAGCCUGUGCCCUCGCAAUCAACGUUUAUACCAGACGAAUGGUCGCCGUGUAGCGUCACUUGCGGCGAUGGUUACAGACAUCGUCAAGUGCACUGCAAGAUAUUCCUCGAGUUCAGUCGGAUGAUAGCUAAGUUGCCGGACCAUCAGUGCUCAGGUCCUAAACCAGUUGAAACAGAAGAUUGCUCAAUGCCCGCUUGUGGUCUCGAGGAGAAUAGCUUAGCUUACCGAAUUGACACAGUGGGUGAUAGUAGUUAUGCCGAAUCCAGUCUCACCGAUGUCUUUAGGUCCUCGUCAUCUGCAAUAGCUGCUGGUGGUGGUAGCGGCAUUCCUACGAGUUCUGGUGCUACUGGUUACGAAACCAACAUCAAAGUGGCUUCUGGAAGUUCUGUUAAGACUUCGUAUUCUUGGAAGGAAAUCGGAUACACUGACUGCAGCGCUACUUGCUUAGGGGGAGUUCAAGAUUUAAUAAUAACAUGCAUCAGAGAUGACACGGGAAAAGCAGUGACACCUCUAUUAUGUUCACCGGAUACGAAGCCAGAAUCUAGGAUAAGAGUCUGCAACGACCAUCCCUGUCCUCCGAGGUGGAAUACUAGCGACUUUACUCCAUGCGCGAGUCCCUGCGGACUAGGUAUUCAAACGCGCGAAGUGACCUGCAUCCACGAAGUAACACGAGGUACUGGCAACACAGUAGCUGUACCGAAUCACAUGUGUCCGCAGCCACCGCCUGUCGAUCGUCAGUAUUGCAAUGUCUGGGAUUGCCCGGUCGAGUGGCACGUCGGCGACUGGGGCAAGUGCUCGAAAACAUGUGAUGGUGGAGUAAAGAGACGAAAGGUGUCAUGUGAACAAGUAAUGGCACAGGGUCGCAAAGAUCCAAGAUCAGAGUCAGAUUGUUCAUCACCUAAGCCACGUUCAGAGAAAGAGUGCAAUAGCCGAGCUUGCGAUACUAUUAGUGCUGGAGCUCGACCAAUUAUUUCCUUUAAAAAUACCACAUACAUUCAAGACAAUCCAAAUCAAAAAGUUAAUCUUGAUAUUGGGGGGCAGGCGACGAUUUUUCAAGGCACGCCGGUUAUCAAAAUUCGCUGUCCUGUCAAGAAAUUUGACAAAGCUCACAUUAUUUGGCGGAAGGAUCACGAGGAAUUACGAAAGUCGCGGAAACACAAGAUCAACAAAAAGGGAGCUUUAAAAAUAGUCGAUAUUGACAUUGAAGAUAGCGGUGUUUAUUCAUGUUGGGCCGGACAAACAAAUGCGGCAAUGCAUCUGAAGGUGAAGCCAAAGCCACGAGAUCUAAUGAGCAACGAGGAAGUUUUGCGCUCCGGCAAUGCGGUGCAUCAGCGUCAAGGUCUUAGUUCCGCACCAGUUAAUUCUGAACCGUACAGUGUAUACAGUGAAGAAAGUCAAGAAACGCGACAAGAUAAUCAAAAAUCUCAAAAAACAACGGAGAAGCCGCGCAAAAAGAAGAAGCAGUCAGCGAACGCAUCGCCCUCGGGAUCUACAGGAAAAUACGAAGACACCGGUACACCGCUACAUCAGCCGGUUGAGUCAAUUGCUCCUUCGAGUGCUUCAACGCUGAUGCCUCCUCUCAAUUACAUUAUUACUACUGUCAAGAGUUACUGGCCAUUCCAAGAAUCAACGAGUUCAGACACCACCUACGGCAGUGUCAAUCUUCAGAAUGAUCAGCACCACUACGAAGUGCCUCACCGUCACGAAACCCGUGCAACAACUAGUACAGCAACAAAUCAAUACAUAUUUACAAAUGGUUUCUCAGAGCCAAGUUAUUUUGACCCAACACACGCGGAUUUUGAUCCAUUUCGCAGUAAUGGUAAUACGGCUAUCCCCGACAAUACUUUCGGUCCUGACGAAGAGCGUAUCUUCAUAGAUGACGACCCUUUCGAAGCUGAAGAAACGGUAUUCGCAAUCGAGCACAAUAAGGAAAACCAAUUGUUCGACAACACAAUUUCUCCAACGCGACACCAACACGAAACUCAACCCACAGUGACAAUGGUAAACCGACCAACGCGUGCACGUCAUCAUCAUGGUAGUACCUUAGGACAGCUUGACCGAAACCAAAGAGGUGCUCGCCAUCAAUCGACGAAAAGCUACGAAUCGGAAGAGAUCGUACCACUGAGUACACAAAGUAACACCUGGGAGUCGGAAGAAGACGAAAAUCUACGGACAAACCUGACUACUACGUCGGAAGAAGAUCAACCGUUGCUCAAGACGACGGACGAUUAUUCACCAUCUUCGUCGCCGGAAGAAUUGGAAGCCGAGGUUGUCGCUGAGACUUCUAAUGCGCAGAUUGAAAAUGAAACCAUAGCUACGCCCCAAUUCUCUCAGGUGGAGAAAACUGAUGUAGUGAUGCAAGAAGUUGAUUUGAAUAGAAAAGCGAGUAAAGAUUCUGCAAAUGAGUCCCUAAAUGUUAUAAGUGAAACGUCGAGCAAAACUGAGGGUAAUAAAAACAUAACACCUGUUGUGCUUAGUUAUGAGGACAAUAAUCGUGAACCCACGAUUGGAUCUGUACCAGUAGUCAGUAGAGCUAAAGACGAUUUGAUAUUUGAAUGGGUAACAACCGAGUGGUCGAGAUGCUCGCAAACAUGUGGUGGAGGUGGAUUCCAGAUGCGUGGAGCGCAAUGCACAGUGCGCUCGGCAAAAAACGAUACAAAUUCAACACAAGUAGCAUCGAGGACGGUAAUCGGAGCAUCACUAUGUGAAGAUGCGGGCUAUCCUGUGCCUGAAAAAGUACGAGCUUGCGGAACUGGCAGGUGUCCACAGUGGUACAGCGGCGAGUGGUCGCCUUGCGAAUCCUCGCGUUGUUUCAACUGGAAAACUGCAAUGCAAAGAAGAGAAGUGGCAUGUCGUUUGACUGAGGAAACGGAUGAUAAAGUAAAAAAUUCGACGUCUACUGAUUCAGCAAAAUGUGACGAAACUAUGAGGCCACCACAACGGCAAGAAUGCUACAAUGACGCUUGCAAAGGUGUUUGGAGAGUAGGCGAAUGGUCGGAAUGUUCGGCUUCGUGUGAAGAAGAUGGAAUCAAAUAUAGAAUUUUACAAUGCGUCUGGUUUGGAACGAAGAAACCAGCCGGUAAUGCUUGCAGGGACAUACCUCGGCCACCAGUUAUGAAGACUUGUCGAGGAUUGCCGUGUACUAAAUCUCCAGAUGAGUGCAAGGAUCAUUCACAAUUAUGUGGAAGAGUCAAACUAAUGGGGAUGUGUCGAGUACCUCUUUAUGGAAAACAAUGUUGCAAAUCUUGUCGACAAGAACGACAUAUAUAAUUUAUUAAAUUACUCGCGUAAUUUUAAGAUGACCAACCUGAAACUUUCAUACUUUAGUAAGAACGAAAGAUCUAUCAGUGCAUCGAAUAUGAACAAAAAAUAUCGUAAAGAAUCGUUUAACGAUCUAUUAGAUGGACUUUUUUGAGUCAUUAAUUUUAUCAAUGAAUAAAAGAAAUAAUUUAUUAAUGAUUUUUAAAAAAUAUUUCAAACAAACUAUAAUCAAUAAUACGAUAAACUCAUUGUUUAAGACUGACAAGAUACUGUACUCCUAUUAGAAAAGAAAAAAUUUAAAUCGAUAAUGACACAACUUUCUGAGAAAUAAAAAAAUUUUUAUCUACAAUCCUAACGUCCAUAAGAAUCGAUUUGUGAUUCGAAAACAUUACUUUCAUUGUUAUUAUUUGUAAAAUCCGAUUGUUUCUUACUUACUUCGUCUUUGCUAUUGAAAACUAGCAUGGAUUACCGUAUAUGUGUAACAAAGUAUAGUAUCGUUAAAGUAUCACGCGCUAAGUGGAUUACGCAAAAAUAUAAUUAUAAAAAGAAAUAUAAAUAUAUUACAGAACGCAUAAAGUAUGCCUAGUGUGAAAAAAUAAACCCUCGCGGGUCGAACGUAAGCCAAUAGUUUGUAAGCAAUAAAAAGUAAGUAUGAUUAGAUAAUUGUAAGAUAAUAUUUUGUUAAAGAAAAUUGUAAGUCUGACGAAAGUUCGUUGACGCAUGCAUCAGUCGUUCGUACAUAUAUACCAAAGUAUUGAUCGAUCGACUGAUGAAGUAUUCCGUGUUGAUAAUUUUAUAUUGUUGACGUACUUUCGCCAUCAAUGAAUUUGCCUCGAAAUGGCUGCGUGACAGGUUUGCCAAAGUGAAGUCGAUAUUAAAAUGAUGUUAACAAAAAAGAAAAAAAAAUAAAUGAUGAUUAAAGAAGCAAAAAUGUUAAGCAUAAUAAAAAUAUGCAUUCAAAUGUGAAAGGGAAGGUCAUUAAGCAUAAAUGCUAUAGAAUAUGGAAUGAAAAGAGUAAUGUGAUUAAAUAAUAUAAUGAAGGCUAAAAGUUAUAACGAUACAAGUAUUCUAGAUUCUAUUUUCGAUAUAGUUUGCUUUCUAUUAUCCAUGCUCUUUUCCCAGCCUUUUUUCCUCCCAUUUGCGUGCAAAAUUACAAGAUAUGGAAAUUAUAAUCCAAACAAAUAUAAAAGAUAUAAAUAAUUAUCAUCAUAAAAAGUAAAUUGAAGCAAACUACAAUAUCCUUAUUCUAUUUGUCUCAGAUCACUAAUAUAAUUAAUAUACUUCAUAUAACGAACUAUAACUUGAAAAAAUUUUAAUAUUUGAACAGAUAUAUUUAGAAGCCUCUACGAUUUUUCGACAAACCAUUACUACAUUUAUUUAAUUGAUUAUAUUGAGAAAAGAUGAAUAAAUAAAAGUAACAAAAUAUUAUUUCUAUACAAUAAAAUAUAUGCAUCAUGAAGUUUUUAUUCUUAAGUUAUAUUAAUACGUUACGUAUGUCACUUUCUUAAAGAAAGCAUGAAAAUGGUUGAAUAAAAAUAAUAUUUAUACCCAUACUAAUAAAAAUUAUAAGUUUGAGAUCGCAGAAAGUAUACAUUGUAAAUAGUAUCUCUGAUAUUGCCGUAUAAGUAAUAAAGUGAAAUUUCAAAAUAACAUUGUCUAUAAUGAUUUUGUUUUAUAACGUACAUUUAUUGAACUGUUAACUGAUAUAUAUUGUACAAAUUAAGUUGUAACAGAUUUUGAAACAAAAAUGAUUAACAGGGAAUAUUUUUAUUUAAUAUUCUUAUUGUGCGCAAAACAAAGUGUAGUAUACAACAAAUUUAUAAAUCAUUUGGAAAUUUCAUUAGAAAUAAUAGAAAAAAUUUUCGUAUGUACAUAUAACACUGAAUUAUCUAAAAAAAUAUAGUUCUUUGAUCAAUCACUUAUUAUGAAUAUACACUCAAGUGUCUGCACGUAUUAUAUACCACAUCGAGUAAAUUAUGUACAACAUAUAAUCCAGAGGACAAGAGAGUACUUAUGAUUGUUCAUCUCAUCUGUGUACAUAUGUAACUGCCUGAUUCUUAUAUACAUGUACAUACUAAUGUGAUGUAUGUGUAUAUGUAUUCAAAAAUAUAAACUAACAACUACGUCUAAAGAAGUUUCUUUUUUUAUUACAACUGAACCUAAACUUUCUUAAAUUUGAAUAACUAGUGUUAUUUAGCGCGCUUCGCGCGCUUUUUUUUUAAUGUUUUACUAUUGUUUAUUACAUUAUUUGAACCUUUUACAUGUCAACUUCAAGAUUUCAAUGGACACGAAUAAGUCAUGCUGUUUAAAAUAGACUACAUACGUC